AUGACGAAGUCCAAAGCGAAGAAGCGCAAGCAGACGGCGCAGGCCGAACAACUGCCACGGAAGACAAUCAAGACAUCAAUCACGCCUCCCGAUAGCAGCGACGACAAUUCUGCGACGCUCGAGCCCAAAAGUCUCCAAACGGUCAUUUCGGACGAGGAGCUCGACAUCGCAAUCGAGACUCUCAAUACCCUCGCGAAGUACCCGAACUUGAUCAAGUCCAAGCAAUGCAGAGACCUCCGAGUUGCCGUCUACGAAUUCCGCCAGAACUGCGCCAGCGGCGUCAACAAUGCUCCGGGAACGAACCUCGGACUCACCGCCCGAAUCACCGGCGCCCUCACCGACGAAAAGUACGACGACGCGAGAAUUCUACUGGCUGAGAUGAGGAUACGCGGCCAAGAACCAAAGUUAGGAGCGUUAUGUCGCUGGGUGCGAGAUUUGGACGUCAUUAGCGGCCUGUCAACUCUGCCCGAGGGCGAAGGGGACGGAAUCUUCAUCCAGCGCAGCGAACGAGACAAGCAGCGCCUGCUAGUCCUCGACGCUGUGCUGCGUGCUUGCGGCCACUCCGACAGCAACCCCAAAGCGGUCCCCUUGCCUCUGUCUUCCACACCAGGCAUCGCUCUCCAAGAGACGUGGGAUCUCCGCUCAUCCACACCGUCGCAGCAGGUAUACGCCUCCGUUCUCGAUAAGACCAUUUUCGAUUCGGCACCACGCAACCUCGCCGCGUCCUUCCGCGUCAUCGAGCGCACGAAAGGCCCUCUUCGCAAGCCGCCCAACCACCACGACGCUCUUCUUUACACCUCUGCCCCGAACACAAUUCCCCUCGCAGCAGAACAUCCGCCGGUUACUUCAUGUUCACAUCCCGUCGUGCCCGGACUCGGCUUUUUGAAGGGCGUGCUUUCCACAGACGAGUGCAAGGCUAUCGUUGCUGCCGGCGAGGCCGUCAACUUCCUUCCCGAUGCCCCGCUGCGCGAGGACGGAGACAUCAGUAUUCUUGCGCACAACGUCUACUGGGUCGUCGACACCGCCUUCCACGACGCUCUGUGGGCGCGAGUCUCGCCCUUCGUUCCCGCCUCGGUCGGUGGACGCCAGGUACGCGGCCUCAACCGCCGUUUCCGCGUAUAUCGCUAUGUUCCCGGCGCCGAAUACCGCGCCCACAUCGAUGGAGCCUGGCCACCGUCUGGGAUCCUCCCCGAUGAUACCUAUGUGUACGACGCCUCGCCUGAGGGCAAGGGACAGAGUUCGCUCUUUACGUUCUUGAUUUACUUGAAUGACGAGUUCGAGGGCGGCGAGACAACAUAUUUUCUCCCCGCUGCGCGCGAGGGAACGCUCAACGCGUAUCCCGUCCGGCCAAUCAUGGGCGGAGUCGCCAUUUUCCCGCACGGAGAUGCCAGGGAUGCGCCUUUGCACGAGGGCACCGGGGUUCGGAAGGGAGCCAAGUAUGUCAUCAGGACGGAGGUUGAGUACGACAUCAAACCGUCCGAGGGGGCUUAG